AUGGGGGAGCAUAAUUCAGAUGUCUCUUGGAUUGUCAUCCUCCUCUGUUUGGGGAGCCUGCUGACCACUGUCACCUGGUACUGGCUCGACAAUGACCUGGAAUUUUAUAAACCACCUCGUCCAAAGAGAGGUCACGGCAAGCUGAGUGAUGUUUGUAAAGGCUGCAGGGAGGUCAUCGACAAGGUAAAAGAGGGUUACUCUCAAACCUGGAAGAAGCAAGAGGAAAAUUCCCUAAAAUUUAGAUCUCGGCUGAGAAAGCAGUGCAAUGGCUUCGACAUGGCCAUCAUCACCCAGGAAAACACUCCGAUUGGAUCAGAGCUUGUGUAUGACGCUGACGGGAAGAAGACUCUUCAGGUUACCCGGGAAAUUUUCAAAACCUUUGCUAAGGAGCAUCCUUUUGAGACUAAAAGAUUGGACACAUGUGCUCUUGUUGGCAACGGUGGUAUCUUGACUGACAGCAGGUGUGGAAAGAGCAUCGAUUCAGCUCAGUUUGUUAUGAGAUGCAAUCUACCGCCUUUGAAAAAUGGUUAUGAGGAAUACGUGGGCAUCAAGACUGAUCUUGUGACAGCAAACCCGAGCAUUCUCAUGCAGAAGUAUGGGUCUCUAAUGAAUCGUCGCCGUCCAUUUGUGGAGAGUCUGCAAAUCUACGGAAAUGCUUUGCUUGUCCUUCCUGCCUUUUCCUAUAGCUUCAAUACUGCUGUGUCACUGCGGGCUGCUUACACAAUUGAGGACUCUGAUAGCCCAGUUCGUCCUGUCUUCUUCAACCCUGGGUACCUUCGCAAUCUUUUCGUCUUCUGGAGAAACGAGGGCCUGAAAGCAGGACGUCUCAGCACUGGCUUUAUCAUGACUAGCAUAGCACUAGAAAUCUGUAACAAUGUGGAACUGUAUGGGUUCUGGCCUUUCAGUAAUCACCCAUAUGAUUAUUAUCCACUGUCUAAUCACUACUAUGAUGACAUGAAGGUUUCAUUUGUCCACGCCAUGCCUGCUGAGUUUAACAUCUUGUUGCAGCUGCACAGUGAGGGUGUGCUCAAGCUUCAUUUGGGAAAUUGCUGA